AUGUCUUCGUCUUCACAUGAAGUAUAUCGUGUCGCGCUCCGUGGCGAUGCGAUCCUCACAAGCCCUCGGUGGAAUAAAGGCACUGCGUUUACCGAGCGAGAGCGCAAGGCCUUCGGCCUUACAGGCCGUCUUCCCUAUCGAAUCAAUACACUCGACGAGCAAUGUGCUCGCGCGUACGACCAACUACAGGCACGCACAGAGCCUCUUCGGAAGAACUCGUUUCUGCAAAGCUUGAAGGACCAGAACUGGGUGCUAUACUACCAACUCAUACAGCGUCAUCUUCGGGAGCUCAUUCCAAUCAUAUACACGCCAACAGAGGCCGAUGCCAUUGCCCAAUAUUCACAUCUGUUCAGGAGGAGCGAGGGUCUAUACUUGACCUUCCCUGACCAAGAUUCGAUGGAAGAAAGCUUCUUACAGCAGACGCGCGGCCGCAAGCUUGACUUGAUUGUUUGCUCUGAUGCGGAGGCGAUUCUAGGAAUUGGCGAUCAGGGAGUUGGGAUCUCUGUCGCGAAGUCUGUAAUUUAUACCUUGGUAGGAGGUAUUGACCCACACAAGUCGCUGAGCGUCACACUCGACGUUGGAACGAACAAUGAAUCGCUCUUGAAUGACGAGCUCUAUGUGGGAUGGCCACACGAACGCGUGCGAGGCGAAGAAUACGAUAAAUUCAUAGACAAAUUUGUUCAGUUGGUCCGGAAGUAUUAUCCCCACAGUCUGCUGCACUUCGAAGACUUUGGCGUCACAAACGCACAACGGCUAUUGGAUUUUUAUAGAGACAAGCACGCUGUUUUCAACGAUGAUGUUCAGGGGACGGGCGCAGUGACCCUCGCAGCGGUGAUGUCUGCAAUCGGUGUGACGAAGAGUACCCUUGCGAAUCAGCGCUUCAUUAUAUAUGGCGCUGGAUCAGCGGGCCUGGGCAUCGCACAUCAACUUCGAGAUGCCCUUGUCCAACUCGAUUCAGUCCCCUACGAGCAGGCCAACAAGGCCUUCUAUCUUGUCGAUAAGUACGGCCUCGUGAAGGAAUCUCUCGGCGCGGACAAGAUACGUCCUUCUCUGCGCGAUUUCGUAAGGCCGGAUGUGGAGUGGGAUGACGUGCCGACAAACGACAAGGGGGAGGUCAGCCUGUUCGAGGUCGUGAGGAAGGUGAAGCCGACUGUGCUCAUCGGGUGCUCGACUCACGCCGGUGGAUUCACGGAAGAAAUCGUGAAGGAGAUGGCGAAAGGCUGUGAAAGGCCUAUCAUCAUGCCGUUGUCGAAUCCCAGCAGGCUUGUCGAAGUAGAUCCGGCGAAGGCCAACGAUUGGACAAAGGGAAGAGCUUUACUCGCUACGGGGAGCCCUUUUCCACCUGCUAAGAUGCCCAAUGGCAAAGAUUACAUCAUUGCCGAAUGCAACAAUGCACUCAUUUAUCCAGGUCUCGGCGCAGGCGCUGUACUUUCACAGUCGCGCAGCUUGACGGAUAGCAUGAUCCUCGCUGGAACGCAGCGUCUAGCAGCGCUAUCCCCAGCACUCAAAGAUCCGGACAACGCUUUACUUCCCGACUUUUCAGAUGCACCUGCAGUCAAUUUCGAAGUUACCGUUGCUGUCGCUGAACAAGCGAUCGAGGAGGGAAGUGCAGGGGUAUCAUGGGGAAAGGAGGAAGUAAGAGAGAGAGCAAGACAGAUGCUAUGGGCGCCGGUCUAUGGCGACUACGAAUUUGACGUGAACGGCGAGGAGUGA